GACAGCAGCACAGCUUUCCAUCCCAACUGCCUGGCUGGCCGGCUGUGUGUGUGCCUGUAGCCCCCUCUCCCCGGCUCUCUCACAUUGACACUCCGCGCGCACUCACACGCGCUCCCUCCCAUCUACACGCACACACACGUAGAGGCGAUCAGUGCAGGCUGCGCAGAGCCUGGUAAUUGUAUUGCUCCCUCCAAGCGGAAGGAAGGACCGCGAGAGAGGAAGACCAGAGAAAUAAGAGAGAGGAGAGAUAUAAAAACUUUGAUUCUUCUUCUUUUUCUUUUUUCUUUUAAACCUUUCCGUGUUUUUUUCUUCCUGGAGGAGGUUGACCUGACAAUGACCUGGUACCGUCGAUGGAUUUGGUAGGACACCCGUUAUCCGAGUGUUUUUUAAUGCACUCUGAACAAGAGUAGAAUGAACUUAUCGAAGGGGCCAUUGGUGAACAGCAGCAGUGAAGACAACUCCAAGUCGACUUUUGGUAAAUGCGGCGCUGGCGCCUGGAGGAUGCACCAGAGCUACGAUCCAGUGGAGGUCAACCACAUGAGAGACGCACAUGCCCUCUACAACCCCAGGCUUCUCUGCAGAAUGUCCAGUAAGGAGCGCCACCUUGAGUCCAACUGUCCGUCCUCUUAUAUAAAGACUGAGCCAUCUAGUCCUGCCUCCCUGACUGACAGUCUAAACCAUCACUCCCCCGGUGGCUCCAGUGACGCCUCAGGCUCAUAUUCGUCCACAAUGAACGGCCACCCCAACGGCUUAGACUCCCCGAGCCUCUACGGCUCCAACACAGGGCCCCUGGGUCCUGCUGGCGGCCCUGGAUCAAAACGUUACGAGGACUGUUCGUCAACUAUUGGGGAAGAUUCACAGAUUAAGUGCGAGUACAUGCUGAACUCGAUGCCCAAGAGGCUGUGUCUGGUGUGUGGGGACAUUGCUUCAGGGUACCACUAUGGAGUGGCCUCCUGUGAGGCCUGCAAGGCCUUCUUCAAACGCACCAUCCAAGGCAACAUUGAGUACAGCUGUCCUGCGACCAACGAGUGCGAGAUCACCAAGAGGAGACGCAAGUCGUGCCAGGCCUGCCGCUUCAUGAAGUGUCUGACUGUGGGCAUGCUGAGGGAGGGUGUUCGUCUGGACAGGGUUCGUGGCGGGAGACAGAAGUAUAAGCGCCGGAUAGAUGCGGACAACAGUCCCUACCUGAAUCCUCAGCUGGCUCUACCCCCCAAGAAGCCAUUUGCCUUUGGCUGCCUUGCAGAUAACAAAAUCGUCUCUCACCUGCUGGUGGCCGAGCCAGAGAAGAUUUACGCCAUGCCCGACCCCACUGUACCAGACAGCGACAUCAAGGCCCUGACUACGCUUUGUGACCUGGCAGACCGAGAGCUGGUGGUCAACAUCGGCUGGGCCAAACAUAUCCCAGGUUUCUCCACGCUGUCUCUGGCAGACCAGAUGAGUCUACUGCAGAGUGCAUGGAUGGAGAUCUUGAUCCUGCGCGUCGUGUACCGCUCGCUGUCCUUUGAAGACAAGUUGGUGUAUGCUGAGGACUACAUCAUGGAUGAGGACCAGUCGAAGCUGGCGGGACUCCUGGACCUGAACAACGCCAUCCUUCAGCUGGUCAAGAAAUACAAGUCUAUGAAACUGGAGAAGGAGGAAUUUGUCACUCUCAAGGCCAUUGCUUUGGCUAACUCAGACUCCAUGCACAUUGAAGAUGUGGACGCAGUGCAGAAGCUCCAGGAUGUGCUCCACGAGGCCCUGCAGGACUACGAGGCUUCCCAGCACCAGGAGGAUCCCCGCCGGGCGGGCAAGCUGCUCAUGACCCUCCCCCUGCUCCGCCAGACGUCCACCAAGGCCGUGCAGCACUUCUACAGCAUCAAGCAGGACGGCAAAGUCCCAAUGCACAAACUCUUCUUGGAGCUGCUGGAAGCCAAGGUCUGAGGACAGGAAACUGGACGGAGGACAGCCAGACACCAGUCUGAACCACCCGAGCUUCACCUCAAACAGCAACAUUGAAUGACCUCUUUCUCUUUUACACACACACACUCUGACCCACACACACACACAGACAGACACACCCUCACAGAAAUAUGUCCCUAGAGUAUCUCUUCUGAUGCAUCCCCCUCUGAAUUAACGAGUAAAUUAAAUCUCUUACCUGAACUCCUAGAAUUCCACCGCCUUUGAGAAAAGGGCGCUCACUUGACCUUCUUGUAUGGGGACGAUGCUCACAGACUGACAUGACCCCCCCAACCCCCCCGCAUUACGGAGGGAAGAUGAUGGUUCCUUUAAAAAUUAUUAACUAUCACAACAGUUUCCAUGGUGACUCUGAACACUGUCGACAGCUAAACAGUCACUUAUGCAUUUAAUAACGAUUAAGAUCUUAUUGAUGACAGAAGCUAAAAGGAGAAUAGGUUUAAAAGAAACUAAAAACUCUUCACUUUAGUUCUGAGAGACUUUAAGACUGCGCUUGUGUCUCCUUUCCCCUCCCUAUUUCUCCCCAACGUUUUUUUAAGUGUUCAAGAAGAAAACAAGUGGGGAAAAGUGAACACUAAAGAAAUAUUAACGAUGUUUGUUGUCACAUUACUUGUACAAUGACAUUUUGACGGAUGGACAGAAAGAAGAGGAGAUUUGCCCUGCCAAAGAAUGGAGCUCAUCCAUUCAGAGGAUGCCAGCAAACUGUACUGUCACCACCCCCCUGAUACAGCUGCUUCUGGUUUGAUCCGCCAGUGGCUUUCAGUCCUGGGCUUCAAGAGCACUGCUGGUUUUCUGUUCCACAAGUUGUUUUAAAAUUGUUGUGGUCGAAAUAAAAACCAGCAGGGCUCAGACUUUCAAGGACCAGGAUUGUAAACCACGGCUGUAAACACUUUUUGCGUCUCCCUAAAUUCAGCUUCUGGUUGCCCAUGACUCCCCUACUUCAACUACAACUUUGCUAUUUGUUUUAUUUGUUGAAGACCAGUGACCCUGGCCUCCCAAACCCCUCAGUAUUACCACAGUGUCAGUGUUUGUACACCUGACGUGGCUGAAAAUGGUUUCAAAUAUUAUAACCACUGAAUGAUUAAUUGAGUUUAUUACUUACGAAUAACCAAACAAGACUUGAUCUAUACUGUCAAAAUUUGGAUCCCUGCUCUGCUAACCGGUAGAUAUAGGCUCAGUUCCCAUUCUCUAUGUUGCUACAUAUAUUCUGUCACACACUCCUCUUGUUUGGACAGCUGUUUGGAACUAAUUCAGCUGCUCAGUGGCCCAAGAUUGCGGCUCUCCAUUUACCAGUGAGUAGAGAUUUAAGUCCGUCACUAAGAAUUGUGCCAUUGAGAAUAGUCCAGAGCUUGCUCAUUACCCAAACGCCAAAACCUUCAAAUGUCAAUGCGGUACUUUCUCUCCUUGCUCCUUUGCAUUCACUACUUCCACUCAUCUCUGGCGUCAGUAGAGAGAUAUUUCUGUGAUGCAUUCAGCGAGUGAUGAGUGAGUUUCAGUCACUCAAUGCAAUAGAAACCAGAAGGAACGGUGUGCUGACAAAACUGACUGAAAAACAACUAUUGUUGCUUUCUAACUCCUUAUUUUUUUCCUUAAUUUAUAUUUUGAAAAUAAUGAUACCAAUGCUAGGGUUGUAAAUAAUUGUCAUCCUGUAUAUGACAUAUACCACGGCUUUGUUUUUGUUAUCGAUAUCGUCUUCUUAAAACUGAAUCAAUCAAUAAGUCUUUCCUUUAUUUCAGCUUGACCACUUUCAGCAAUUAUAUAUAUAUAUAUAUAUAUAUAUAUAUAUAUAUAUAUAUAUAUAUAAAUAUAACAAGUAAUGUAUUAACAAAUCAGCGUUUAUCUUAGAGACUCUGAGCAAUAGUGGGUUUUAAAAGAGGGGUUUGUGCAUAUGGACUAAGUCUGCAAUAUUAACAUAACGUGCCAGUCUUAAAUUCGGAAGAGAGGAUGAGGAUUUGGGGAGAGUUGGUAGCUUCUCUUCCCCUCUGUGUAACUUGCCAUAAGCUAUUAGAGAACAGUCAAUGUUACUUUUGUUAGUAACAGUUAGGCAGGAACAAAUACGGACCAGGAAUGUCAUGAUGAGAUUUUAAUGCAGCUGUCGCGCUGCGCGUAUAAUGGUCAGUACGAGGGUUAAGGAGUUAAUAUAAGCAGUAAGAGACCUAAACAUACAACACUCCGUUUGCAAUUAUGACAUGGUUCUAAUGUUUGCACCUUUCUUUGUGACGUCACAUUUAAUCUGAUCAGAAAGAGACAGCAAUUUAAAAUCAAUAAUUCAGUAAUAUGGAUUUUUUUCUUUUUUUACCGUUUUCCGUCCAGGGUGAAAGUUUCUUUAGCCAUUUGACCGAGUGUGGGGGACCAUCAGAAAUACCAGAUUAAAUCAAGACUUGAACUGAGGGAAAUGGUGCUAGAAAAGAAAAAAAACAUGAUCUCAAUUUACAGGAAAAACACCUGGAACUGACACUUUCAUGAUAGCUUUCAUGAUAUUCCACGUUCUGUUGUUUUAACUUAUAAUUUUAAAAUCACUAAGAAAAUAAGUUCCAAAAAAUAAUCAUGAGGACUAGAGACUAAAUUGCAUAGGAAAAUUCAUUUCAAUUUGAAUUAGCUUUAUUUUCCUCUGGUUAAAUUGAAUAAGUGGGAUCUUGCAGAAUAUCUUCUUUUUUUUUAAAACAUGACUAUAAUUAUUUCAGCUAAACUCAUAAGUAACCAAUUACAACUAAAAUGUUAAAAUGUUCCAUUUCAAAUGUCUACAAACAGGAAAUGAAAAAACAACAGCUAACAGGGAACUGUCCUACAUAUUACAAUAAGUAAAGUUUUUUUUUCAUAUCAUUAUUUCUAAAGCCGAAUAAGAAUGCCAAAAUGUGUAAUCUAGAUGAGGGUGUAAUCCAAUAUAAAAUGGCAACUUGUCACAGCUGAGGAGUGCUGCAGUUUAAGUGUAGUUGAUCUCUAACAUCACACGCUCUGUAUCAAACAUCAGUAUUAUUAGUAAGGGGUAUUUUCUCAGCCUUCUUAAACAUUGUAUAUUGUAAAUUAUACAGAAUAUAAUUCUAACAUAAGACAUUUUAUUGGAAACAAAAUCAAGAAAAAAAGAGAAAAAAAAUGUAGUUCAGCCUUGAUGUGUGUUUCAUGUUUGCUGUUUUUUCUAUCAAGGAAAAAAAACCUAUUUGUUUGUUUCUUUAUUUCUUUAAGUUUUAUUGUUUUUUUCUUUGUUUUAAGGCCCUCUUUCUGUUCGGCCCCUUCCUCCUCUGUUGAGUCCUCUGAGGCGAUGCUGUGUGCUUUUUCUUGUGGUAAUUCCCGUUCUUGUGCCGUGUGCUUCUUCUUUAGACAACACCGAGUAAACUAGAGGCAAUGUUGUCUGUCAGUCGGAUCAGUCCACUGGGGGUCUGGGUCCCGGAUUCUCUCACAAUGAACCGGACCCAAUAAAAGGCUCUUCUUCUAGAAACUUAACUAGACCACCAGAAACAAAUUACAGUAUUCAUCUCCACCAAACUAUACAUGGAUAAUUAAAUAUUUAGUAUCUAAAUGAAGAAACAGCUUACAAGUAUUUAAAAAGGGAUCAUUUGUGUAACUUUCCUGUAGAGUAAACAAUAUACUGUAUAUCUUUAGGUUUAAAUAAAGAUGAAGUGAGAAGGACAUUUGAGUAAUACAGAACUGUAGGUGACUCUUUUUUGAUAAACUCGCUGUACAUAACUGCCUUCCAUACAGCUCGGCUCAAUCCUUAUCUUCCCUGUUUCAACGGGCAAAAGGGGAAAAUAAUGAAAAGUUGCUCUUUUUUUUUUCCCCCCUCCUUAAAUUAUUUUAAUUAUUUCUUAUUUUCCAACCUAUUUCUGGGAACCUAUUUUGCUUCACAAAUGACAGAUGAAGUAUAGAAUUUGCUUUGGUGUGUGGGUUGGAUUGUUAAAGGAAAAGGUCAACAUGUUUGAUUUGCACUCGCUGUUUCUCUUCGCCACAGAUUUGGUCCAGUGGGGACACGGUUCUGCACUCUUCCAGAAUGAAUCCAAAAUAUUCCAGAUUCAAAUUCAAAUUUUCUAUAACCGUUAAUGUUAUUAUACUCAUUAUGAAUCUCAAAUGGAUAUGAAUCCAUACAGAUGUUUAGAUUCUUAUUAUGCACUACAGAUAACAUACAUUCAAAGAUGUUAAGGUUAAUCAAAGGUCUUGAACAUGAACAUGUUUUAGAGAGGAAAUAUGCAGAGUAUAAUUCACAUCUGCAUUUGUAGACAACAGAAUUUCAUUUCCUAUUCUGAUUGUUAGAUUUGAUUCCUAACUUGUCAACUGUACAUGAAUCUGCAUACAAUUUAUGCAAAAUAUGUGCUUUUUUCUUUUCUAGUGUUUCCUUCUGUUAUUUAUUUGUCAGUUGUCAAACCAAUCCUGUGCACUCCUGAACAGCUCAAAACAAUGACAGAUGUUACACGUCUCCCUGAGGUGGUUGAGGCUGUAUUUGGCUUUAAGAUGUGAAAAACAAGCAGAAUUUCUGAUAUAAGGGGAAAAUGCUCAUAGAAUUCACUUUCUAUCAAAUAUUCAUCAAUGUCAAUCAAGCAAAGUUUUGCAAUGAUGCCGCCAUGUUUGAACGCUGAAUAUUGGCAGGAAUGCACUAACUUUAGAUCAAAAAAACAAAACCUACCAGCUAGAAUCAGGAGGGAGAUUGUGUGUUCCUUUCAAAAGUGUUGAUAUAACUUGCUGCUCAUAGCCAAGAUAUUAUUUAGACGUAAAGAACGGAGAUUCUUUUUCUUUCAUUUUUUUCAUGUUAAAAGCAAUAUUUUGAUGACUGUACAAUUUUGAGGCAAGAGUUGCACUUAUUUGUGUUGGGUUAUAGAUCCAAAUGCUUUUGUAUCUAUAGGAAUUAUACUGCUGUUAGCGUUAAAACCAUAUAAAUAACAACCAACCAAACUGGUAUUGUCUACGUGGAGCAGUGGAAGAAGGACUGUCCAGGUUUUUGCAGAGCUACUGAUAGAUGGAGUUUGACCUGGUUGCUCGCUGGGCACCACGUUAUUGCUCUCACCUGAAUUUAGAUUCGCCGCAAAUGCUCUAUGUAACAAUAGUUUAGCUGGAACAGGAGGAGUUAUUUAGCCAUAGCGACAAAGCAGGAUUGUCCAUCUUCCAUGGCUGCCCCUGAAAUCUGCUUAGGCCAAACUGUGUCUAUCUACAGCUCUACAGUGUUAAGUCAUUAAGUUAUAUUUAUCCCCACAUGUAACUGCCACUUGUCCUGCAGCUGACGCUGCAGUCUGAAUUUGCAAAUACAGAGAAACUAUUCAAGGGAGAGAGAUAGUUGACACAAUUGAAUAAAAGGGAUAUUUUGAGAUUUUAAAAAAUGACCCUUGCAUAGUGGAAAAGAGUCGUGGAUGUAAGAAGACCCUGUAGUGUUAUUUAAAACAUGUCCGUAGAUUUUAGAUGUGCUUCACAUCAGUACAUUAAAGAAAAGACAAAAAAAAACAAUUACCUGUAUAUUUUUGUGACGUGUAUCAUACAAGUGUGCUCCAACAAUAAUGUCCAUUUGUGUAAAUGUAUUUAUUUCACAUUGUAUAUAUUGUUCAAUGCAAAAAGAGAGACCUAUGAUUCUGUAACUUAAACUACUAUGAGUUAAAACAUUACGUGUUACUCCAGACUAUGCCUUUCAGGAUUAUUACAGUAGAGCAAUAUCAAUUAAAACCAGGCUUCCAGUUUUGAAA